CUCGUUGCCAUGGAGCGCGCGGCGGUGGUGCGCGUGAAGCGGAAGCGCGGCGGGUCGGCGCCGGCCGAAGCCCUGCUGUUGGCCUGCAAGCGGCUCCGCACCGAGCCGGAGGUUGCCGGCGCCAGUGGGGAUGGAGUGGAGAAGAAUCUCUUCAAACUGGUGGCCACCGUGGCCUCUCCGGAUGAGCCUGUUCAGAAGUACAUCCAAGAAGCUAUUACCAAAGACAAAGCAGCUCAGCGCCUGCGACCUUCAUUGGGAAGCACUCAGAGAAUAACGCAAAACCUUCGCUCUUCCAAGCAAGCCAGAAGGCAGGAGAGCCGCUAUCGCCUGAUAGCCAGCCACCGUCCAAAUUUCACUGACGACAGAAGUGCUCUUCCUGCAGAUGGGGCGGAAUCAAACGAAAACAAGCAGCUGGCCUCUGAAGCAAAAAAGGACCCUUCCCUUGAAGGAAGCCAUGGUCCUUCAGGCUGUUCUGGUGAAUUUCAGUUGUUUGAUGUCGUACAAGAGGAAGAUGAGGAGAAAGACCCUGGUAUACCACAGAAAACUGAUGAUCCAGAAGUGAUUCUCUGCAAUGCCGUAGAAAUGAUUCGUGAACAUCUAACAGUAUCUGACAGUACUAAAGAAGCAGAGUGUCGCAUGAAGGAAGAGGAGUAUGUUUAUGAUAUCUAUUAUAUGGAAGCAGCGUCCUCAGGCUGGAUUGAGAACAUACUCUCCGUACAGCCCUACAAGCAGGAGUAUGAACUGGUGGAUGAAGAGCUCAUCCCAGAAGAAGUCUAUGAUGAUGAAGAUGAUGAGAACAAUGAGAACAACUGGCGUAAUGACUACCCAGAUGAAGAUGAGUUCGCUGAGGAAGGUGAAGAUAAUAGUGAUAGGGAAACAAGUGGAAGCAGUGAUGAAGAUAGUGGAUACAUCAGAAGAACGUUAGGGAAUUAUCCGGGUGAUGUCCUCCCACGGUUGUUAGACUACGAUGGGAUCCAAGAGCAGGAUUCUGAAUAG